CGGUUGCGUCACUCUGUGUUUGUACGUUUGUACCGUUGGCCUCCUCGUCAGUGUGGGUUUGUAACGUCUAUGGUUCACCCGACACCUGCUAUGUUUACAUGAUAUUUACAUGGUUUAAACAGGUCACCACACUCUCUGUUUAACGGACUGUAAAGCCGGUUGGUGCUGAGACCCGGACACCGUGUUUGUUUAGUUCCAUGUGGGCUGACACGGGGAUGGUGCCUCCCUCAGAGAGAGUGCCUGGUUCAGGCUGAGUUCUCGGUAUGACCUGGUCAGACUCUCAUUACUCUGCCAUCAAGAUUUCCCAUACAGACUUUCAAAUGAAAAUGGAGGAUAUGCCCCUGUCAGGCCCAGACAACACCAAGCUGGAGGCCUUGGUCCAUGACAUCUACUCUGAGCUGGUGGAAGAUGCCUGUUUGGGCCUGUGUUUCGAGGUUCAUCGUGCUGUGAAGCAGGGCUAUUUCUUCUUAGAUGACACGGACCAAGAGAGCUUGAAAGAGUUUGAAAUCGUGGAUCAGCCAGGAGUGGACAUAUUUGGCCAAGUGUACAAUCAGUGGAAGAACAAAGAGUGUGAAUGCCCCAACUGCAAGAGAUUGAUAGCAGCUUCACGCUUCGCCCCACACUUAGAGAAAUGUCUCGGGAUGGGACGAAACAGCAGUCGCAUUGCUAACCGCAGGCUUGCCAGCAAUAAUAACAUGAGCAAAUCAGAGAGCGACCAGGAGGACAAUGAUGACCUCAAUGAUAAUGACUGGUCGUAUGGAGCAGAGAAAAAAGCCAAGAAGAGAAAGUCAGAAAAGAAUCAAAAUUCCCCAAGAAGAUCCAAAUCUUUAAAACAUAAAAAUGGUGACCUUGGAGGCAGCAUCCCUUCAGAGACCUACAAGUACAACUACAACACUGGCAUCAGUUAUGAAACGUUGGGCCCUGAUGAAGUCAGAUCGCUUCUGACAACACAAUGUGGGGUGAUCUCUGAGCACACCAAGAAAAUGUGCACCAGGUCUCAGCGGUGUCCCCAGCACACGGACGAACAGAGGAGGGCCGUCAGGGUGUUCCUCCUGGGGCCGUCCGCGCCGUCCCUGCCUGAUGCGGACGCCGUGGUGGAGAGCGACAGCUUCGACAUUCCAGACAGACAGAGCGUGAUGAGCCGCCUGCAGUGGGAAGACUCCCCUGAUAUCUCGCCUGCCGACUCUGCCUCCUCGAAAGCCAGCACCAACCAUUCAGAUUCAAGGAUGCCUAAGAAAAAGAAGAAGACACCUCUUAGUUUGAACUCUGUGGGAGGCAGCGGAGGAGGAGGAGGAGUGGGAGGAGGAGGAGGAGGAGGAGGAGGGAGUCUAACAGGAGGCAGCAGCAGCAGCUCUCAGAGUAAUAUCAGCUUAUCGACCAAAAAGAAGAGGCCCAAACUCCAAGCACCUUCAAUCUCCAGCAUCUACGACGACUUAAACUAGAAUAAGCCCUCUUUGUUAGACCGACUUCUUUUAAACCUCUCCUCUCAUGAGCACAUUAGCAGGCCUGACGUAGAGCGGAUGAGACUGAACUGUUCUUAUUUACUUAAGUUUGACAAGGUAAGCAAGUCGAUGAGGGAUCCUCUUUGUGUUUAAGAGUCACAGAGUCCAGGCAGAGUAUCUAUAUGAGCCUGUAGUGUAAGUCAUAUCACUAAGCAGACUUCACCUUCUAUUUACCCAAGUAUUUUGCACAGUUCAAGCAACACAGGCAGCCAUUUCUAACACAGGACUUCCACCAGAUCCGUGUCCGGUCGGACCUGGCUCUGCAGCAUGGAGCAGGACUGCCGGACAGGUAAUAACCGAAUCAAGGAUUCUCCUCCUCCUCUCCUCAUCCAUGUUGUCUUUCUGGUCCUCUGAAAACCUCUGACUUGUUGACUCCAGGCCUGGCUCCGUGCGAAAUGACAUUUUGUUGUCAUAGUUAAGUUAAAAAACGAUCUGGUGAUGACACAGUGUUUUAUUUUGAAAAUUAACGGGAUGUUUUCAUUUUGUUUUGGUGCCUGACUUCCUGUCCUGCUCCAUCUGCUCUGUUGAGAUUAAUGAAUCAUGCUCCAGCAUCCGGCAAAAAUAGAAGUCUUGUGUAUCUGAUCCGCUGCGUUCCAACCUGCUGGAUUGCAGCUGGAACGCAAUGGAGUGGAUCCAGUGGAAGUUAACAGAUUGAUUAGAAUAGAAACCUAUCAGAUCCUGUGCCGUGACGGAUCUGAGACGGAUCUGAGACGGAUCUGAGACGGAUCUGAGACGGAUCUGAGACGGAUCUGAGACGGAUCUGAGACGGAUCUGAGACGGAUCUGGUGGAAUUUAGCCUUAACUUAUUAGAUGAGAUUGAAGUGCGGCUCUUUGAAGGAAAAGUUUGCAGAAUUGAGAUUUUGACAAAAUUGAGAAAAGGUCAUAAAAAAGUAACUUAUAGAGAAAGAAACUGCUUGUAAAGAAGCACACAAAUUGGACUAGAUAGAUAAUAAAUCAUCACUUUUGAUUCCAAGCCAAGCAUGACUCGGGUCAUGAGUGCAGCUUGAUUAGCCUGGAUAUCCAAGUAAAUUUGUCUCAUGCCAAAUUUAGAUAGUUUCAAGCCCUCACACUUAGAUCCUGUGACUUUAAUCUUUCACACUCUCUUUGUUACCAAUGUGAAUUUAAACGGCUCUUAAUUCAACCGUCAACACUUAUUAACCACAGUACUCAUGACUCUUGCUCCUCAAUUCUAGCCUUGUGCUGCACUUUUGUGUCUGAGUGCCUCUUUAUGCUGACUUGCAUUUUACUGAGAUUGUCACUUUUUUUUAGUUCAGUGUGUGUGUGUGUGUGUGUGUGUGUGUGUGUGUGUGUGUGUGUGUGUGUGUGUGUGUAUGCACGAGUGGACUGUGUCUAAAUUAUUCCUAUAUAUUUUCAUAAGACUAUGCAUCAAAGAAUGUGACUUUGUUGUAAAAGUAUGAGUGCCAUUUUAAAUCGUCACCAUUUUUUUGUUUACACCAACUUAUAUAUUUAAGAGAAAGUGUGUGUACAUGGUUUGUAAACAGUUUUUGGCUUUGGGGCACAUGUACAGCUCUUGUGUAUAUACGACAUGUGAGAUAAUCUUCUCCUCAGAAUAACCCUUGACUUGCGUAGUUUCUACUUACAGAUCACAGCGUACAUGUGAUCAGUGCUGCACUUCUUCUUCUUAUUUAUAAGGAUGACUGUUCCAUUCGAUCAGUCCAUCUGGAGGUUUCCCUCCUUAAUACAUCCCAGCUUGUUACAUUGCCUUCUUGAUUUUCAUGUUGUGCUUCUAGUAUUUAAUGUUCCAGUAUCGGCUGAUGAUUUUCAGACCCUGAAGUCUGUUGCUUUGAGUUGUAGCUGUCAAAUAUCAUGAAAUGAUUGACGGUGCCUAAUUUAAUUCCCAGUAUGGUUUUACGCUGACACACAUUCGUGUUGAGGUCUGUACUUUGUCCUUUUGAUCCUCUCCAGUGCGGUCUUGUGAUGUGUGAUAAAGAAACAAACUGUUCUCCACUUUCUUUGAUAGAAAUUACUCGACUUUUUCUUGGAUGAAGUAAACAGAUGAUGUUCUC